CUUUUUAAUAUGUCGAACUAACCCAGAGAUCUGUUAGCUAACGGCUAUCUCUGCUACAGAAACACGUCCGAACAGACGCGGUUUUCAGCAUUAACCUCCGUUUACUGAUGGGACUGAACUGCUCAGAUAAACUGGAAAAACAGAGCCGCUGAAUUCCUUUUAAGAAAAGAAAGGAGGGUGGAUUUUAUCGUCAGAUUAACAGGCUCUGUGGAGGAGAUCAGUGUCGGUGAGUUUAAACUUUAUACUUUUAAUGGCGAUAAUGGACGAACUUGUUUGAGCUCACAUAGAGGACUUUUGGCGGUCUUUUGUUGACUUAAAUCUUAAAAUUACCUCUUAUUUUGAGUUUUGACAGUAUCUAUGAUGUUAGUUUUCUACUCUUAACCGUGAAUCUGUGCUUAUUGGCUCUAAAUGCUCCGGAAAUUAAAUGUUGGUCGACUCGCUUAUAUUAAGGUGAUGUAGUGUUUAAGUGUGAUUCUGAUGGAUUCUUGUGCUGUUGUAUUGAUGAUAUUAUAAGGUGUAUUAAUUCAGGUAGGACAAAGUGGAACAGCACUGAAGGCCUCGGGUGUGAAAUGGUCCAAUUCCAUAUCUCGUUUAAAAAUAUAUUGAUGUAUUUCUUAUAUCAGUACAUCGCCCAGUCCUAACUGAACUCCACUCCUCCUGUUCUCAUGAAGGAUCAGAUCCACAAGUUUAAUUUCAGCAGGUUUAAUUAUCAUCUGCACUUUCCACAUAGAAGACCCCACAGCUCCCUGAUGCUUCUGACAGCAAUGCACUCUGGGACUUGUAGUGUUAACAGACCUGUCUCUGAGCGUGAAGGACGCACAUAAGUAGAUCUGCGUCCUGAUUCAGGAAUACUCACGAAUAAUAGGCCGGAUAGACAAAUCCAAUCAGGUUACAGAGGAGAGAGGCACCAUAUCCAUACACCAGGUAGAGUCCAGUCAGUGAGACGGCACCUGGACGGGAGACAGAGGAGACACCUUCUGUCAAACGAGGGGAGGAGAAGGAGGUGAGAGGACAGAGGAGGAGGAGACAGGAGACACUUCCUGUCCACACUCACAGAGAAAGACACUGUCACACAAACAUGCACAGAGAAAUCCUGAGGGUCACACACUCCAAAGUUUGUUACAGGAUGCUGCAAAAAUACAGAGGAGAGCUUCAAAUCAACCAAACCGCUCAGAGGAGGAGGAGGAGAGAGGAGAGAGGAAGAGGAGGAGUGGAGAGGAGGAGGUGUAUAUUAGUUUUCUAUUAUCAGACAGAAACUCUUAAGUGUUUCAAACUAGAAGACUUGAUAAUUUCAGCAGAUAUAAAAAAACAUGGACUCUCUAAUUUCUCAGAGUCUAAUGAAAUCCUCGUCUGUCAUCUCCUUGUAUUUUCCUGAUAGCUCAGUUUGUUCUUCCUCAAACAGGUUCAUUAUUUUCUUCUUUUCAAAAAACCUGAAAAUCCUCAAAUCAGUCAAACACCACAAACAAACCUUCAUAAAGUCAAGAAGCCUCUCCAUCAGCGGAGCGACAGACAGCUGCUCCACAGAACCGACUUAUCAAACAGACAAAACAACAAAAUAAUCAAUAAUGUCAAUAAGGGGGAGUUACCAAUGAUUGAUACAGGAUUUAUAAACUCUGAAUCUGCAGGUCAACCCUGAUCGCUCUCCUGUGAAACAAGCAGAAACCCCAGAGAGGGUCAGUGAACGCAGCACAGGUAUGGCCACAGCAGCACGCCGUGACAGAGACAGGAAGUGUUUUGAAAGCGUCCUACCUCUGAUCAGCUUACGUGGCCGUUCACUCAUGGAGCCGCUCUGCUCGCUCUGCUCGCUCUGAUAAUCUGCUUUAAGAGACGUGGCGGGGGACACUGAGCGCCAGGCACCGCCAGGCUGACAUCACGUCAGGGUUACUGAUCCUCUGUAUGAGCAGCAGCAGCAGCAGGAGGAGCAUGAAUAGACUCACUGAUUCAACAGCACAGAUUGACUGUCUUUAUUCAACUCUGGAGGAGCAGCAGUGACUCUACCAAACCAUCAGAAAGACCCCUCUGCUGCACCCCGGAGAAAACCUCAUACCUGUCUGAUUUAAAGUCCACGUCCCAACACGGUCAAAGAGAAACUCGGCACCAAACCAACUCUUUUGGUGGUCGAGUUUGUGACUUUUCCUCCUCAUGUUGCUCUAGACACUCUGUAAACACUCUGUAGAUGCCUGAAGACACUCUGUAGACGCUCUGCAAACGCUCUGUAGAUGCUCUGAAGACACUCUGUAGACGCUCUGCAAACGCUCUGUAGACGCUAUUGUUGCUCUGUAGACACUUGGUAGACACUGGACGCUCUUUAGACACUCUGUAAACACUCUGUAGUUGCUACCGUUGCUCUGUACACUAUUGUUGCUCUGUAGCUUUGUAGAUGUUCUGUAGCUGCUCUGUUGACACUCUGUAGACGCUUUGUAGACGCCCUUUAGACGCUCUGUAGCUGCUCUGUAGUUGCUACCGUUGCUCUGUACGCUAUUGUUGCUCUAUAGCUUUGUAGAUGCUCUGUAGACGCUCUGUAGCUGCUCUGUAGACCCUCUAUAGUUGCUGAAGUUUUCCAUGACACUCGUAUCCCUUUUUAAAUGUUUGUUGUUUCUCCGGAGUAGAGCAUCAUCUCCUCAUUCAGAUGUUACAUCAUGGCGUCUCUGAGGCAUCAGUGUCUGUCACCUUCAGCGUUGAACUUUAGGACUUCACAAAAAGCUUCACAGGUACCCCAGACUUUGACUCUGGGAUGAGCUGCUGGACUCUGUGCUGACAGGGACAGCAGCUUUAGCUCCACAGCUGGGUGGUCGAGGUGAAUCCUCAUUUCUCAGAGAAGAUCUGAGAUGUUGCCUCGUCUAAAUCAGCAGGUUCUCCGACAGCAGACAUGCCCCUGAAGGAGAGAGGUUAAGGGACGACGGACAUAAACUUUCCAUCAGUUUGUUCGUGCUGAGGUUUUAAAUAACUUAAGUGAGGUCUUCUCAGAUUCGACACAGACGGACUCUAAAACUCUCUGAUCUUAGAUUUUAACCGAUGAAAAACUCAAACCUCUUUUAUCUAGAAAAUUGAUCUUUUUUAGGUGCAGAUAGAGUUCCUCUUGUUCAUCAGUCGUCUCCUCUGACAUGAUUUGUUAAAGUCUAAAUCCACUGAAAUGAUCUGGCCUCAUCAGCCUGCAGGAUUUUCACAAUAAAAGCCUCCAGUAGAACCGUUCAUUGACUCUAAACCCAGAUACCUUUAGAAACAGUUUCUCCCUCAAAGCUGCAGACCUCUAUCGUUCUUGUUGACAAGAUUUGAAGCCCCGCCCCUUCUUGGUUGGGAUGAAUGGCGAAGUGACCCUCAUCCUGACACUGAUGCUCUUAGUCUUACCUUUUAAUUCAUGUGUUCACAGUCUUAAGGUCACCCUCUCUAUUGAGUCAGAAAAUGGACCAGUCGGCAAAAUCAACCCAAAGUGGGACAACGGAGGAAACUGGCGGCUCACAUGUGUCUGCAGUCUGUAUCACGCAGACUUCCUGCCUCACUGAGCGCUAAACCCGGUUUCUGUAGAUUUGACAAGUUCAGUCAGAAGAGCAGAAGAGCUGAACGUUGGACCAGCAGGUCUGCUGACCUGAAAGUUUACUGCUGAGGCUGAAAUACAAACAUCUCCACCACCAGACCUCCAUGUUCAGACCGAGACUCAAAGACUCUAACAUCAGCUGAUCAGGUGGAUCAACACCUGUGUGCAGCGUUCAGUCCAACUGAGUUUCUGAGGAAAAGCAUCAAAGAUGUUUGAAAAUCAAACGCUGACAGAACCAGUUUUAAGGAACAGGUUUAGGUGACCCGGAAAAGUCCAGAACAUGUCCAGGUCCGUGUCAGCAGCUGUUAACUGGGCCACUCCUAAAGUUCACAGGAGGAUUAACUGAAUCCUCUUCAGGUUCCCAUUGACAUGCACCAUGCAGGCACCAACAACACCAACCUCAAAUAAACCAACCGUAGAACCAUCCAGAACAUGUUCCUGAGGAACCAGGAGAGGAGGAGGAGGAGGAGGACAAACCUCACGUACCAAACGCAAUGAUCUUCUUCUUUAUCCCCGUUUUCUCCUCCAGCUUCCCCAGAAAGUCCGUCACCACGUUCUUCUCGUUCAGGAAGUUCUCCGCUUUGGUUUUGAUGGACGUGAAGAUGUCCAGCACCCCCAUGGCCCUCAGUCCGGUCCUCGAAUAACAGAAAAGACACGAGGAGAUGACCCGCAGUGGAGAGGCAAACAGAGCGGAGUGUAAUCCUCUGACAGAAACAAUCUGCUUUAAUGAGAGCAGGAGGGAGGAGGAGGAGGAGGGGGGAGGAGGCGCAGAAAUAAACCACAGAAGAAGAAGAAGAAGACGGGUCAGAACAAAGAAGACGCCAAAUUUAUCAGAAACGCUGAUCAGCAGGAAAAAAAGUUCUUUCAGAGGGUCAUCGUAGAACGACCUGGACCCAAAGAUUACGGGGAUUUUACUGGAUGUUUGCAGAGACCUGAUCAUAGGGUGUUGUUUACAGCAUGUUUCCAUGGGAACCAUCAGGUCAGCUCGGGGAGGGACUCCAUGUUUCAGAGCGCCUUUUAGCUGGACUGGGCGCCGAAUGAAGACAUUUGUCAGAUCGGUGUGUAGGUGAAGAAUCAGUCCCACUGACCUCUGAUGUAGACCGGCUCCUGGUCUGUUUGAGUCUGAAUGAAAACAUCAUCGAAAAACGAGCUGAUGGAUUCACGUGUUUCUACUGUCAGUGUUCACUAAACCAACAUGAUCUCAUAACCAGUGUGUCGCCCUCUGCUGGACAUUAGAGAAAGACUUAAAGGUGUUGUAGUCAGGAUCUGAGUUAGUUCCAGUUUUUAGGAGAAAUCUUGAAUGUAAACUCUACCCCUCCCAACCAGUUUUCCCCUCAGCUCCUCCCCUCCCUCUCUUAAGCCCCGCCCACAAACAGACGCUCCUGCUCGCUCGUAUCGUUCCAGUUAAAUUCAGAUAUAAUGCAGAUAAAUACUUCAGAUCAUUACAAAUGGGGCCCAGUCAAGGUGAAAGUCAAAAGCAUUGGUGCUACUGUAGAUACCAACAGACUACCAGCAAACACAAUGUUUGCAGGACUUCUACAACGAGGAUAAAGUGACAUAGUCCAGGACCCGAGGGAGGACAGUUUAGCGAUGGCGCUACAACACGCUACAGCAGGUCCGUUUGACAAGAAACACUUCUGUUACAGACACUUGUCUUACUUUGUUAAAGCGGUUUACCUGUCCAGCAGAAAGGUUACAGGGUCACCAAGAUCCCCAAGCGUCCCCCAUGGUUUAUGUUGACCCGGCUUUUUAGCUCUUGUCUGGUCUACCUCCGUUUUAAGCGCCCGUUAUUCCUCCAGAGUCUCCGGUAUUUACUUUGUUUUCUUGCUUGUGUCGGCAGUCGUGGCCAAAGGAGGAUUCAGACAAUUUUCCGAACUUUCUGGUUGGUUUCUACUGUCCGAUAUUGUAGCACGCUAACUUUGUUUGGGCUCCUGAACGACACGGGGGAGCAGCGUCUGCCUCACAACCAAUCAGGUUAGAGGAGGUGGAGAACGGCUUUGUUUACAGUCAGAAAGAGCGGACCGCUCAAAAAUGUUCAAAUGUUGACGACACAGACAUAAGAGAACACAGAGAUAUCAAUAUAUUACCAAAUGUCAUCAAUAACUAAUAACUAUUCACUGACAUAAAAAGAUUUUUUAUUUAAAAACCACAAAAUAAAAAGAUGCUUCUUUAACAGAUUCCUGUCUACUUCACCUUUAAGUCGGUUUUCUUCUUGUGGACCAGACUUCUUUCCUUAGACUAGAGAUCAGCUGGACUCUCUCAUAUGAACACUGAGUUCUUGUUGCUGAUGUGGAUCUGUGUGAGUCUGAGUGUGUUUGUUUUUUGCUGUCAUUCUUGGUCAGGACCCCCCCUGAAAAAGAGAUUGAUGAUCUCAACAGGACUAGUCUGGUUGCAUCAAAUCAAAAAGACACACAACCUGCCUCCUGUCUUUGUCCUCUACAGAAAACCUGAUCCAGCUGCAGGACUCACAUCUGGGACAUGUAAGACCACAUGGAUCCAUGACCCAGACGGAGCGGUAACAUGACAUCCAGCAGAAACAGACACAAUAAAGACAAACAGACGAGGUGAUUUCAGUGACUCAGUUUGAGGAUUUUUAUUGUUUUUUUACCCACAAUCUGAGCUGAGUCAGAAAUAUCCAAACAGUCGGACUAAUAAAUGUGAUUAUUAUUAUUAGAGUGAUUGAAAAGCUCAUAACAACAUGUAGAUCUGUCCAAAGUCUGAUUCUAGAUGUCUUUACAAACACACUGAUCCAACAGAAGCAGACAGAAAUAUCCAUCGAUCACAUGAACACAAAUAUUCAGCAAACAGAGAAAGAAACAGAUCAUCUAAAGAGUUUUUGGGGACGACUGGAAAGACUUUAGACGCUUGGAUUUGGGACAGGAAAUAAGGUCGUCCUUUUUCUGUGAUUUUGACCUCACUUUUUUCUAAAGUCUCAGACCUUCAACAUCUGCACCAACUGAAGGUGAUUUGAACAAACCAUCAUCUUGAUGUUGUUGAUAUCAAACUGGAUGAAGAUUUUUCAACAUGAGAAAUACAAACAAUCAAAGUUCUCCACAAUCACUGUCCUUAAAGCUGCGACCAAAUCAGCAUCUUUAGAAAAGAAUCAAAAAGCUGAAAUGAAGAACUAAACCCAGAGUUUUUGGUGAGACUGAUCCACAAACAUUUACAAACCAGAACAUUUCAAGAGUUCAAGGAUCUCAGUCCAUGAUUUUGGUCUGAUGGACUCAAAAUUCUCUUUAGUUCACUUCUAUAAACUCAGCAGAGUCUCCAGAAGACCAGCCAAACCCCAGUCCAGCAUGUAGAGGUUCAGUGAAUGUGGUCCGGACUCUGUGGAGGAGAGUCAUGGUUUCAGAGACGCUGUAGAAGGACAGAAUACCUGCUCUGUGAUCCAGGUACACUCCUACUCUGGAGGACCAAGGACCUGAGGCAGGAGUGAAGACUUUGUUGUGCAUACAUGUAUAACCACACAGUGAAUGGCCUAACCACCAAGAUUUCUCAUUUCCUCCAAAUAAACAAUCCUUUGAGUCUCCGUCUCUCCUGAUAGUCUUGUAUGCGACUGCUACACCAACCCAGUCCCCUCCCCAGUCCACCUCCCAGUAACAACGUCCAGUCAGACUCUCUCUACUCAGGACCUGAACAUAAUAAUGAGUGAAUCUGUCUGGAUGAUCAGGAUAAGACUGUAGUUGUUCUGUCCAUGUUGCUCUUCUGUUUCCAUCAGAUAAUAACAGUCGUCUGUUUACUGUGUUUGGAUCCAGUGUGAUUCUUUGUGAAUAUCUUAAGAAACCAGCUCUGGUCUUGGGUUCUGCUGGUCCUGGUGGUUCUAACAGUAAAACAUCCACUUCAGUCACGGCCUGUGAGACGUUUGUCCACGUCUCUGUCAGAAGAUCCUGGAGUUUCUCUCUGACCUCUGACACAGCUGCUGUCACCUCCUCAAAGUAUCUCUGAGGACGGAUGUUGAUUCUGGAUGAGUCUGCAGGUUGACCCGGUUCUGACAGUGAGGGGUAGCUGUGCAGAAACUGGUUGUGGUCCUCUGUGAGUGAGAGCUUCUGCAGAUCAGCGUCUUUCCUCUUCAGCUCAGUGAUCUCCUGCUCCAGCUUCUCCUGAAGGUCUUUGACUCGACUCACUUCACGUUCCUGCUGGGAUCUGACCUGCUGCUCCACCUCAGAGCGGCGUUUCUCCAUCAGACGGAUCAGCUGGCUGAAGAUCUCCUGGCUGUGCUCCACAGCUUUAUCAGCAGAGCCGUUGAUAGCCUCCACCUCCUGUUGGAGCAGCUUCACAUCUUCUUCUCUGUCCUGGAUUCUCUGCUGGAUGUUUUCUCGACUCUCCUCCAGAUCUUUCUGCCUCUCAGUCCUUUCUGCUGCAGCUGAGACUGUGUCGUGACCUUUGUGUUGGUCCAAACAGCAGAGAGAACAGAUGGACUUCUGAUCAGUGCGGCAGAAGAUCUUCAUCACCUCAUCAUGACGAGAGCAGAUGUUCUCCUGGAGCUUCUUGGAGGGCUCCACCAGCUUGUGUUUCUUAAAUGUAGGAGAUUCAAAAUGAGGCUGGAGGUGAAUCUGACAGUAAGAAACCAGACAUUGAAGACAGGACUUGACAGCUUUCCGUUUUCUCCCACUGCAGAAAUCACAGACCACAUCUUCAGGUCCAGCCUCAGAGGAACCAUCAGGAGCAGCUUGGAGUCCGCUCUUCUUCACUUCCUCCACUAAACCUGCUAACAUGGUGUUUUUCUUCAGGACAGGCCUCGGUAUGAAGGUCUCUCUGCACUGAGGACAGCUGUAGAUCAUCCUCUCAACCUCAGUAUCCCAGUAGGAUUGAAUACAGCUCAUGCAGAAGCUGUGUCCACAGGAAACAGUCACCGGAUCCUUCAGAAGAUCCAAACAGAUGGAACAAGAGAAAGACUCACGGUCCAGAUGAACUCCUUUCUGCGCCAUUUCAACACUCGCUGUCGACGACGACUGACUGAGUUUUAUUUCCUGAGAAGUGAAACUAGUCUGAGCUCUGAUCUCAACAACAUGUGAGUCAGCAGGAUCAAGUCAGCACACGGAGGUUACACCCAACCUGAGGUAGAUCUGAAGGGGAGGGAGCAAGGAAAGGAAGGGAACAAGGAAGUGAGAGUGCAGAGUGGAGUGAGCUAAGAGAGAUGAGGGAGGGAGGGGGGGAUCCAGUUUGUCUACAAUCCAGGAAGAGGAGCGUCUCUGUGAACUUUAGACUCUCAAACUCCAACAAGCAGAAGUUGUUAAAGCUGCAGCCGUCCUGAAGAUCAACUGAACCAACAUCAAGCCCCGCCCACAAACAGACGCUCCUGCUCGCUCGUAUCGUUCCAGUUAAAUUCAGAUAUAAUGCAGAUAAAUACUUCAGAUCAUUACAAAUGGGGCCCAGUCAAGGUGAAAGUCAAAAGCAUUGGUGCUACUGUAGAUGCCAACAGACUACCAGCAAACACAAUGUUUGCAGGACUUCUACAACGAGGAUAAAGUGACAUAGUCCAGGACCCGAGGGAGGACAGUUUAGCGAUGGCGCUACAACACGCUACAGCAGGUCCGUUUGACAAGAAACACUUCUGUUACAGACACUUGUCUUACUUUGUUAAAGCGGUUUACCUGUCCAGCAGAAAGGUUACAGGGUCACCAAGAUCCCCAAGCGUCCCCCAUCGUUUAUGUUGACCCGGCUUUUUAGCUCUUGUCCGGUCUACCUCCGUUUUAAGCGCCCGUUAUUCCUCCAGAGUCUCCGGUAUUUACUUUGUUUUCUUGCUUGUGUCGGCAGUCGUGGCCAAAGGAGGAUUCAGACAAUUUUCCGAACUUUCUGGUUGGUUUCUACUGUCCGAUAUUGUAGCACGCUAACUUUGUUUGGGCUCCUGAACGACACGGGGGAGCAGCGUCUGCCUCACAACCAAUCAGGUUAGAGGAGGUGGAGAACGGCUUUGUUUACAGUCAGAAAGAGAGGACCGCUCAAAAAUGUUCAAAUGUUGACGACACAGACAUAAGAGAACACAGAGAUAUCGAUAUAUUACCAAAUAAUCAAUAACUAAUAACUAUUGACUGAUAUUAGAAGAUUUUUUGUAUAAAAACCACAAAAUAAAAAGAUGCUUCUUUAACAGAUUCCUGUCUACUCCACCUUUAAACAGAAUAAAAUAUAAUUAAAUGAAAAAUUAAAACAGUCUUUUAAGAAGCUCCACCUUGAGAGGAAGAUAAAUCCUCCACUUGUGUCUCCAGUCAUUGUAGUGCUGAUCUCUGCAGCCUCUAGGGGGCGCUCACAGGUGAUCAGAAUGAGUGUUCCUGGUUAAAGCGGUGGAUGAGUCGUGGUUUGACAGAUUCCCUCGGCGCGUUGACAGGACGACAUGCAGAGCAGGAAUGCACGCUGCAGGCCGACACACGUCCCGGUCCGUCAGGUCUGCAGGUAUAAAACCUCAGACAGACUUCAGGUUCAGUCUGACUGAAACAAGAACCUGCUGAGAGGAGAUGAGAGGAUACCGAGCCAUCAAGUACACUUUAUUCAUCUCCUGCUACUUCUUCUGGGUGAGUCAGAACCGUCGGAGUCCAAAUCUUUCACUUAUUUGGAUCUCUUUCAGCACAUUCCUGAACUUGUUGCUGCACAGCUGUGAGAUUUUCCCUCUUCAGAGAUGAAAUCAGUCAGACUGGAGAGAAGAGGUGUGAGAAAACUGUUAAAGUUCUUCAUGUUCUCAGAGGAAACUCUAGGUUUAUGGAGGACAGGCUGAGUAAACACGUGUCCUGACAGUCAUCACACAGAUCUGCUGUCUGUCAGGGAGCAUGUGGACACCGCUCUGUAGAUCCUGGUUUAAUCUGGAUCAGUGGAAGUUCAAAUACCAGACUUCAACAGACAUCGUGUCUGAUCAUCACAGCUGGGAAGACCACAAUGAAGAGAAGCUUUUAAAAGGGAUAUUCUGGUGUAAAAUUAAUUUAGGGUCAAACCCACCGUAACACUGAGUUAGACCCCCCCCCCUCCAGAGAUGAAUGUUGUCGACCGCUUUCUUCUCUAGUUAUACCAACUUUAGUAACGACCACAGGAUAGAAAUACAGAGAGCCACGCCCCCAACCAAAACGCCACUCUAUAGCCACAAAUAAUGCUCAGAACAGCACCUAACUUCAUCAACAGGACAUAUAGGGUCACAGACAUAGUACUAGACACCAAACAUCUUUGUAACUUUGACUCAUUUCUUUAGCAAAGAGACUAAACACAACUCACCUACUCUCUUCCAGCAGACGCUUGUUUGUAGAGAGACCUCAGGCCAGUCCAUUACAGACUACAGCGGGGUGCCGCAGCUCAAGGAAGAACAUUUAUGAUCAUUUCUUCAUCAUUUCCUUGAAGUAAUAAUCAUCAUAUUAAUCAUUUUACAGACGCGGUAGUUCUUCUGCUUUAGCGUCUUAGGUUCGUGUGUUGACAUCUAUGUUCAAAAAACCAACCCAACGGUUCACUCUAGUUCGGCCGUAUCUAAGCGAGAAUCUGUGAAAUGACUCGGAGUUGAACUUCUUUUGCUUCUUUCUCCAACCUGGAUAAUGACAAACAUCCACCAUUGUGUCCUCAUUUGUCUUAGAUGUUUGGUUGUGACUGAUUUCUCUUCACCUUCCUUCUGAUAAACAAUCACGUUUGACUUCACGUAAAAUCUCACGUUCCUUUACGUGAGUUUCCUCUGCAAAUACGUAGUUAUAAAUGCAAGAACUCUGAUUGUAUUUCCAUGAAGAAAUGAUCAACCAAACUGGGACUGUAACCUCAGCUCAGCGCUCAUGAGCAAACAGCUGAGCUGAACCAGAACCUCAGACUGAAAGAAGUCCUCAUUUCUCAAGAGUCAGACCUGGAAUUUCAUCUUCUCACCUGUACCUGCAGAAACACGCUGCUGACACCCACACAGAUCUGCUGUGGUGAGGAACUCUGUUUGGUUUAGAUGGAUCAGGAAGAUAACGGCUUCAGGUCUGCACAGAGAAGGUCCAGGUUCACCUCUGAGACUGGGGAGGAAGGGGGACUGUUGGCUGACGAGAUUCACCUCACAGGUUCCCACAGACCGUCUACAGAGAAACUGAGACCCCCCACAGACUGACUGUUAACAGAGAAACUGAGACCCCCACAGACUGUUAACAGAGAAACUGAGACCCCCCACAGACUGACUGUUAACAGAGAAACUGAGACCCCCCACAGACUGACUGUUUACAGAGAAACUGAGACCCCCCACAGACUGACUGUUAACAGAGAAACUGAGACCCUCCACAGACUGACUGUUUACAAAGAAACUGAGACCCCCCACUGACGGACUGUUAACAGAGAAACUGAGACCCCCCACAGACUGACUGUUAACAGAGAAACUGAGACCCCCCCACAGACUGACUGUUUACAGAGAAACUGAGACCCCCCACAGACUGACUGUUUACAGAAAAACCGAGACCCCCCACAGACUGACUCUUAACAGAGAAACUGAGACCCCCCCCACUGACCGACUGUUAACAGAAAACAGGGUCUCAGAUAGAAACCCUGUAGUCCUAACUUCUGGACUUUGGGGGUCCUGACCCAAACCUGGUUCUGAUGAUAGCCGAGCUGUGGUUCCUGAUGACUUUUCCUUUUUUGACUCUGUAGGUGGUGAGCGCCCUCCUGAUCGCCGUGGGAACCUACGCCAAGAUCGCCAAAGAAAAAAGUGAGUUCAUUAAGAACACCCCCACCCCCCCGAUCUACAUGACUGAACUGUGAGGGUGUGGUGUUCAGCUUCAUAAGUGUGUGUGUGUGUGUGUGUGUGUGUGUGUCUAUACAAACAAUACUCUGAUGAUAACAUUCCUGAUAAUCAGACAAGUUUAAACUUUGACUGGGUGUGCUUACUCCGUGUGUGUGCGUGCGUGCGUGCGUGCGUGCGUGCGUGCGUGCGUGCGUGUGUGUGUGUGUGUGUGCGCUCAGAUGUGGUCGACACCCUGGCGGUUGAUCCCGCUCUCCUGUUGAUCGUGGUCGGCUCAGUGAUGUUCCUCAUCACCUUCCUCGGGUGUUUCGGAGCUCUGCGUAACAUCAUCUGCCUGCUGAAGACGGUACGAUCGAUCUCUACUCUGACUCUAGAUGGACCAAAACUCACAAAACAAACAUGAUCCUGAGUUACAGAGGAACUUAAUCCAGUAAUGGAGCUCGUAAACUCGUUAGGAAAAUGUUAAAAAUGAAGUAAGACUUUGUUCUCAGAGACUAGAUUGGAUUAACAGUCUAAGGAGUCGCCCCCUGCUGGACAGUAGAGGAUGAAGGUUCAACCCCCAAUUUCCACCACAUCCUGAACGUCUAUAAAAAGGUCAUAUCCGCCAAUCGAAAGUAAAGACACGGGUCAAAACCGUCUUGGAAAAGACAACUGGACUUACUUGAGACGUUUCACCUAAGACGAAACGUCUCAAGUAAGUCCAGAUGUCCUUUCAACGAAGAACUGGAAAUCAUAGAUGCUGCAUCCUCAGUUUUAAACAACAUCUCAAGGUUUACCCCGAUCUCCACCUUCAUCCUGAUCGUCUCCUAAAAGGUCGUAUCCUCCGAUCGUAGCUGAUCGUAACCAUUCAAGUUAACGUGUCAAUUUACACCGACUUCUUUCAAAACGGGCGGAGACGAACAAGUGAAAGGUUUUUAGACGUCAUUUCACCCCGAUGACACCAUGGAUGAGGAGAUGCUGAUUCUAGAAGUCUAGAAGUAGAUUUCCUCCUCUCGAUUGAACGUGAAUGCGGGUUCACAAACGGAUCCGGUAGGAAUUGGCGUACGGCGAAAAUCGCGGCUGUUCCGGAUGUGGUGAAAAUUGGGGGUCAGGCCUCCCCCUCUUAAUCUAAUAGAUGAAGCAGUCCCUUAAACAUGUCUAGUUAUUAACUCCUGCAGCCUGUAGAGGGCGCUCAAACCCCUGAGGACAGUCAGGAAGUGAAGUCGCUGUGAUCUUUGGUUUCGCUCCCGCUGAUUUUCUCUGUUUUCUCUGGAUGAAGUAACCGACUGAGUUUGUUCCUGCAGUUCCUGGUGAUCCUGACAGCGAUUCUCCUCCUGCAGAUCGCUGCUGGAGUCGUAGGAUACCUCUUCACCGACAUGGUAACUACGACACACGACCAACAUCUGACCCUGAUCUUUAAUCAUUAGAGUCUGAGUGUUGGAGAAGACCAACGUUCAGACAGGAGUUCAUGUUCUCCUCAGACCACCAACCACUGGAGCUGGAGGUCUUUGUGGAGGACUGAGCUCUCCUGCCUUUGCUCUCCAUACAGACUGUUUUCCUGCUGGUUCCUGAUUGGUUGACAACACUUGGAAUAACUGAAACCAUUAUGUCUUUAUGUGCAGGUGAUGGAGAGGACCGAGAAGCUGAUGAUGAGAGCUGUGGUCCGCUACAGAGAGGACCCAGACCUGGAGAACGCCAUCGACUUUGUCCAGAAGAAGGUGAAGAAGAAGAAGAAGAAGAACAGGAUGAUGACUGACAGAGUGGGUUUGAUCCUUCUUACCGAUGAGCUCUGUGUUACAGUUUCAGUGCUGCGGGGUGGAGAGUUAUAAAGACUGGUCCCAAAAUGUCUACUUUGAGUGUUCGGACACCAACCCCAGUCUGGAGGCCUGUGGGGUCCCGUUCUCCUGCUGCGUGGGUCUGCAGAACCAGGUCUGUGAAAGCAUGUGUGUGUGGUUCCUGACAGGUGUGUGAGAUUAAAUCAACAACUUUAGAUGAUGGAGGAGGAGUUUCUCUGAUGUUCAUCGACUCUCCUCUUCAGAGUCUAAAGGCUCACCGGCGCUCUCUGGUGGUCGUAGAGUUUAUCACAGCCUGCAGGACUCCAUCUGAUGGCAGAGGUCGAUCUCAGGGACUGAUCAAGUUUACAUUUACAGAGUUCGGUAUUUCCAGAACCAAAAACUGAACAACAGAUAAAGACCCUUUAAAAUUCAUGUUUUAUUUUGUUGACAGACUAGAGUCAGAAGAGGAGGAGGAGGAGGAGGGGACUUUGUUUAUCUCUUUUUAUCGCUCUGUAAAUGAGAAAAUACUCUCAACACCCUGAAAAACUCAAAUAUCUCCAUGUGUGUUUUUUUCCCAUAACCUUAAAACGAUCAUUACUCUUCUGUAGAUCAGGAAUACUGGCGCCUCAUACAUGUUUGGACCCUGUGAUCCUACGAUCAGAUGUUCUUUUAUACAGACGCAGGUUUUUUAUCUACCUCACUGACAUGUUCGGACAUGCUGGCCGCAGUCUUCCUCAGAGCGUCACAUGACGGUCAGAGUAAAGAAAAGACACAACAAGAAAACAGAAGACCACUGCGAGUGAGAGAACCGAGUCAUCCGCACCGAAGAGAAUAAACUUCAGCGCUGGAUCAGGGAUGAGGGGGCGUAUAUGCUGUCCCACACCUGGAGUGGGCUGCUGAAGGCGAGACCGACCUGUCAAACUGACGGGAAGGUCACGCCUUCAGAAACAUCAGCUGUUGAUUGUGUUUUUCAGCCUGUUGUUUUUAGGACGGACAGAGAGAGGAGAUAAACUCACCUGUGAUCCUCCCUGCAGACGGUGCUGAACACCAUGUGUGGGUACGGGGUCCAUCUGCUGGAGGAGAGCUCGGCUGCUGAGGAGGUGUUCACCAUCGGCUGUUCGGACAAAAUCGUCUGGUGGGCGAAGAAUAACCUGCUGCUGGUGGCCGGUCUGACCGCUGGUCUGCUGCUGCUGGAGGUAAACCAGGUCACAGCUGCUCCACUCCAGGAUGUAAAAUAACCUCAGAGCGAUUUCUCACCUGUGGGUUUCCCUCCUACAGGUGGUGAUGAUCGGUUUGGCUGCAGCUCAGAUCUCCAGGAUUAAAAAAGUCCAGCUAGAGAGGAAAGAAUACGAAUACAGGAGCAGGUCCGAGAGGAAGGAGAGCAACUGGUAUCCUGCUUUUGCAGAUUUUGACAAUUAGUGAAGUCUGCGUCUGUACAGAGAAACGUGGAGCUGAGGGUGAGGAGACAUCAGGGUAAGAUCAGGGAAAAGCAGCUGAGACAGAGAGAGACACGCUCUGCUCACACUGUGAAUCAUUAUCUUCAGGUUUUAGUCAAACGAUGAAUGUCUCAUCACAGUCUGUGGACAGGUUCGCUGUUGUCCGUCAAACUACCUCAUGAAAUCGUCUGAAAACGUGUAAGUGAAAGUUUUCCCAUCAUGAGCACUGACCAUGUUGAACGUUUACACCGUGGUGAACCGUCUGUUCUUCUUUAUUCUGUCAGAACUUUAUUUUUAUUAUUAAAACUCCUUUUCAUGUUUAUUCCAUGGUUGGAGAAUCCUCCAUGUUGUGUCUCAGUGAAUUUACGUCACAUACAGUUAAACGUGUACAGUUACUCUGUCCAGAAUAAAACAUGGUUGUUGUUUUUUUUUAAUGGUCCAUUUCACUUUAUUUCUUCAGAAUUUCUCAAACUGUCUUGAAAAUGUCCUGAUCAAUAACCUAAUGUUCUUAUUUUAACAGUGAUCUCUGAUGAAGAGUUCACAGAUACUGUAAACACCUUUCAGGACGUCAUCCACUAUAAUGUGACUUUGAUGGUUUUUAUGAACCAGUCCUGCAGCUUAUUAAAUAAAUGUUCACCAUAGAAAUCA